ACCAACCGAUGCCACCACUUGCCAUCGCCCACCGAACCAUCAUCUAUUCUACUUACCUCCAGUAGUGGAGGUCUUAUCGGACAUCUGCGCUCCCACUUCGCAGCCCCGCACUUGGACAACUCCGCACUGCCGACGCGCAACGCGCAACACCAGCGGCAAUCACGCAUUUCACAACAGCACCAUCAAGCCACGGAGUCUAUCGCGAGCGUCGCUCAUACUCGAAGCAGUGGACUGAUCAUCAGGCUUUCGGAAGUCCCGCAUCCCGCAACAUGGCCCCGAGCGACGCAGUGCCGCUGCCCAAGAAGAUCCUGCUGUUCGGCGCGACCGGCGUCAUCGGAAAGUACAUUCUCGAUGCGCUAGUGAGCGCAAAGAGUGAUUUCGAGAAGAUUGGGAUAUUCACUUCGCCCAGCACGGCGGAGAAGAAGAAGCAUGAUAUUGAUUCGUUGAAAGCGAAGGGUGUAGAAGUCGUGGUUGGCGACGUGAACAAUGAGGCGGACGUCGUGAAAGCUUACGAGGGAUACGACACCGUAAUCUCCGCCCUCGGCCGCAACGUAAUCCUCACCCAAAUCUCCCUCCUGAAGCUCGCGGAAUCCUCCCCCACAAUCACCCACUUCUACCCCUCCGAAUACGGCACAGACAUCGAAUACUCCCCACACUCCGCCCACGAAAAGCCGCACCAGCUCAAACUCCAAGUACGCAAGUACAUCCGCGAAAACAUCAAGAAGCUCAACGUCACAUACCUAGUCACUGGGCCGUACUCAGACCUGUACAUUGGGAAAAUGAGAGGAGAUGACGAGAGAGCAGGCAGCUUUGAUGCCAAGGCGAAGAAAGCAGUUCUUCUAGGUACUGGAGAGGACAAAGUGAGCUUCACGACGAUGAAAGACGUGGGCCGCCUGCUCGUCGCUGCCCUCAAGACGCCCGUGACUGAAUCCCCUCGCACUCUUAAAGUGAACAGCUUCACCACGACGCCAAAUGAGAUCGCGGCCGAGUACGAGAAGCAAACAGGCUCGAAGUGGGACGUGAGUUAUACGUCUCUUGAUGAGUUGAGGACACUUGAGAAAGACGCAUGGGAGAGCGGGAACCCGCUAGCCACGGUGUAUACGCUGAGGAGGAUAUGGACCGAAGGCGGCACGCUGUAUGAUAUGAGGGAUAACUGGAGGAUCGGGGAGCCGGAGAUGGAGACGCUGAACGACCAGGUCAAGAUGGCGCUGGAGAAGGAGAUUCCUGGGUUCUAGAGCGGUGCGCUGUAGAUGGACGAAACUCAGUCAUAGUUAGUCCCUUUCCAGUUCAUGUACCAGCAGAGAAAGAAAGCUUGAAUUUUCAUGGGACCAUAUACUAUU